UCGUGCGCUCCCGCGUGGCGCAGCGCGGCGCAACGGGCGGACCGACGGCACUGCGCGCGGCGGGUCUGCAGCGACCUGUCUCUUUAAGUCGGUGUCAAAGCCGAUUAGCGCUGAUCUCCGCCGCGAUUCUGUUUUCACCGUCUGUUCCCUCCGUCUAUUUUGGUGCCGCGGUGCCGUCGCUCGGAGACGCUUUCUCCUCUUCGUCUUUUAUUUUAUGAUACUUUGCAGAAACACUCGUCGUCUCGAGCCAACUCCGCAUCAAAGUUUGCAGCCCGCAACGGAGGCGAAGUGCGGUGGUGUCCCGGCGGCUGCGCUCGGUGGGACAGCAAAAGCCCCAAAUGUGGUGAGUGGGGAUGUGACACUCCAACUUUUUCUACCAUGGUAAGCCUGGAUUACCUCUCCCCGCAAAGCGCUUUCUCUUUGGUAUCCCUCCGCUGAAGAGACGGCCAGUGAGAGCAGAUCUGGGGACGUGAUGCGAUGUGACUGAAGUUGGCACCGAGCAAAAGACACAACCCCGGGGCAACAUAAAAUGCAGAAGAGCGUGCGGUACAAUGAGGGCCACGCUCUGUAUCUGUCGGUGGUUGCGCGUAAAGAUGGCACCAGGCGCGGCUUCCUGAGCAAGAAGACCACGGAGAACAGCCGCUGGACCGAGAAGUACUUCGCCCUUUAUCAGAACGUGCUCUUCUACUUUGAGAACGAGCAGAGCGCGAGGCCCUCCGGUAUUUACCUGCUGGAGGGAUGCACGUGCGAGCGCGCACCGGCGCCCAAGGUCUCCGCCAUCAGCAAAGAGCCCAUGGAGAAACAGCAGCACUACUUCCUGGUCAUCUUCGGCCACGAUGGACAGAAACCCUUGGAGCUGCGGACAGAGGAAGAGUUGGACUGCAAUGAGUGGGUGGAGUGCAUCCAGCAAGCCAGUUACUCUGACAUCAUCAUUGAGCGUGAGAUUCUGAUGCAGAAGUACAUCCACCUGGUCCAGAUAAUGGAGACUGAGAAGAUCGCAGCCAAUCAGCUUCGCACUCAGCUGGAGGACCAGGACACUGAGAUUGAGAGGCUUAAAGCUGAGAUUGUAGUGUUGAACAAAACCAAGGAAAGGAUUCAACCAUACCAGAACAACCAAGAGGAGGAAGACCCCGAUAUUAAAAAGAUCAAAAAGGUGCAAAGUUUCAUGCGUGGCUGGUUGUGCCGGAGAAAGUGGAAGAUCAUUGUCCAGGACUACAUCUGCUCCCCUCACGCUGAGAGCAUGAGGAAGAGGAACCAGAUUGUCUUCAACAUGGUGGAGGCAGAGACAGAGUACGUCCACCAGCUGUCCAUCCUGGUGAACUGCUUCCUCAGGCCGCUCCGCAUGGCUGCCAGCUCCAAGAAACCUCCCAUCAGCCAUGACGACGUCAGCACCAUCUUUCUCAACAGUGAGACCAUCAUGUUCCUGCAUGAAAUCUUCCACCAAGGUCUAAAUGCCCGGAUUGCCAACUGGCCCACGCUGGUUUUGGCCGACCUGUUUGACAUCCUGCUGCCCAUGCUGAACAUUUACCAGGAGUUUGUGCGUAACCACCAGUACAGUCUGCAGGUGUUGGCAAACUGUAAGCAGAACAGAGACUUUGACAAGCUGCUGAAACAGUACGAGUCCAACGCCGCCUGCGAGGGCCGCAUGCUGGAGACGUUCCUCACUUACCCCAUGUUCCAGAUUCCACGGUACAUCAUCACUCUCCAUGAGCUGCUGGCACACACACCUCAUGAGCAUGUGGAGCGCAAGAGCCUGGAGUUUGCCAAAUCCAAACUAGAGGAGCUGUCAAAGAUGAUGCACGAUGAAGUGAGCGACACAGAGAACAUCAGGAAGAAUCUGGCGAUAGAGAGGAUGAUUGUCGAGGGCUGUGACAUCCUGUUAGACACAAGUCAGACCUUCGUCAGACAGGGCUCUCUCAUCCAGUUGCCGUCGAGCAGCGAGCGGGGCAUGCUCAGCAAAGUCCGCCUGGGCUCCCUCUCGCUGAGGAAGGAGGGAGAGAGGCAGUGCUUUCUGUUUACCAAACACUUCCUCAUCUGCACCCGCACAUCUGGAGGAAAGCUCCACUUGCUCAAGCAGGGAGGAACUCUGUCUCUGAUCGAGUGUACUCUCAUUGAAGAACUAGAUGCCAGUGAUGAAGACUACAACGCAGCAGGUCAGGGCUUCAACCAUCUGGAGUUUAAAGUUGUGGUGGAGCCUCCUGACGGUCAGUGCUUCUCUGUUGUCCUCCUGGCUCCUUCUCGCCAAGAAAAGGCUGCGUGGACCAGUGACAUCAGCCAGUGCAUUGAUAAUAUCCGAUGUAACGGCUUGAUGACCAGUGUGUUCGAGGAGAACUCCAAAGUGUCUGUGCCGCACAUGAUCAAGUCUGAUGCUCGCCUGCAUAAAGACGACAUUGACAUCUGCUUCAGCAAGACUCUCAACUCCUGCAAGGUUCCACAGAUCCGAUACGCCAGCGUGGAGCGUCUGCUGGAACGACUGACAGAUCUGCGCUUCCUCUCCAUAGAUUUCCUCAACACCUUCCUCCACACUUACAGGAUCUUCACCACGGCUGCCGUGGUCAUUGACAAGCUGGCCGUCAUUUACAAGAAGCCAUUUACCUCCAUACCUGUCAGGAUCGAGCAACAUUCAUGUGAUCGUCUGUCCAUCAUGUCCCUUUGUCCUGACUACAGUCUGAAGAUCACGCAGCUUGCACUGGACCAGUCCAAGUCUCUGGAGCUCUUCUUCGCGACCAACCAGGGCGCGUGGGGAACGGACAACUUGAACAACAAAUCCCCAAGGCUCUGCCGCAAGUUCUCCUCCCCCCCUCCCCUCUGCAUCCCCUCUCGCACCUCCUCCCCGGUCCACUGCCGUAAGCUCUCCCUCAGUUCCCAGAUCUGUGCGAAAGCGGGAGCCUUGGACUUGUCUCCUACCCCUUCGUCCUCUGCAGCCAACUCCCCCACCUCCAGUCACUGCCCCUCCAUCUCUUCUCCUCCUCCAAGCUCACCCCGGCCCCUUUCCGGCUUUUCCUCCCCUCCGCCCACCUCCACGCGCUCUCCCAGCUUCCCCCAGGCCUCUGGGAUGUCGUCGCCGCCCCCCAUCUCCACCAAGGCCCCGCUGGACCUCAGCCAUGGUCCCAGCCCUAGCUCCCCAGAGCUGAGCCCAGGUGCAGGGGAGGACAUCAGCGGAGAUCUGCCUCGCUUAGACGCCUUCUGUGGGAAGCUGAGGCGAAGCAUCCGCAGGGCUGUCUUGGAGACAGUAUCUCUGGACAAGUUUCUUCCCGAAAUGCCUGCUAGCAGCGAGCCGGGCGACAUGUCUCCCUGUCGAUCACCUUCGACACCGAGGCACCUCCGCUACCGACAGUCAGGAGUCUCACCAGGAGAGAACUCUCGCUGCACAAUGUCACCAGCUUCUGCGUUUGCCAUCGCCACCGCUGCUGCUGGGCAUAGCAGCUCCCAGGGUUUUAGUAAUUCUGAAAAAACCUGUGACAAAGAAUUCAUCAUCCGCAGAGCUGCAACCAACAGAGUUCUCAAUGUGCUAAGACACUGGGUUUCCAAGCACUCCCAGGACUUUGACAUGAAUAGUGAACUGAAGAUGGGGGUGAUCAGUCUCCUGGAGGAGGUGCUGCGGGAUCCAGACCUGCUGCCACAAGAGAGGAAAGCUACAACAAACAUAUUAAGUGCCCUUUCUCAAGAAGAACAAGACGAUGCUCAGCUGAAGAUAGAGGACAUAUUACAAAUGGCGGAGAGUCCUAAAGCUGAGUGUUUUGAGUCUCUGUCCGCGAUGGAAAUGGCAGAACAGAUCACACUGCUGGAUCACAUUGUGUUCAGGAGUAUUCCCUAUGAGGAGUUCCUCGGUCAGGGCUGGAUGAAGAUCGACAAAACUGAGAGGACUCCGUACAUCAUGAAGACCAGCCAGCACUUUAAUGAUAUGAGCAACCUGGUGGCGUCUCAGAUCAUGACCCACACUGACGUGGGCUCCAGGGCAAGCUCCAUAGAAAAAUGGCUGGCGGUGGCCGAUAUCUGUCGCUGCCUCAACAACUACAACGGCGUGCUGGAGAUCACCUCUGCUCUCAACCGCAGUGCCAUCUACAGGCUGAAGAAGACCUGGGCCAAAGUCUGCAAACAGACGAAGGCGCUGAUGGACAGGCUGCAGAAGACAGUGUCAUCGGAGGGGAGGUUCAAGAAUCUCAGAGAGACUCUGAAAAACUGUAACCCACCAUGUGUGCCGUACCUGGGCAUGUACCUGACUGACCUGGCUUUCAUUGAGGAAGGAACACCCAACUUCACUGAGGAGGGCCUGGUCAACUUCUCCAAGAUGAGGAUGAUUUCUCAUAUCAUCCGGGAGAUUCGUCAGUUCCAGCAAGCACCUUACAGGAUAGAGCACCAACCCAAGGUGACUCAGUUCCUCCUUGAUAAGACGCUAGUGAUGGAUGAAGAUACCCUCUAUGAGCUGUCACUGAAGAUUGAACCCCGGGUACCACCUGGCUAGUUACAACUUUAAAUACACACAAACAACCAUGUUUUCCAGUGUAAACACAGGCCAACAACUCGAGAUAAAGCAGGAAACACUGCCAGUUAUCGUGCUUAGGAAACUCAGGAGAAAAUGUGCCUUGUUGUAUGAAUAUCUGAUGUGUAUAUUUAGUAAACAGAACGGACUGUGAAACAUACACAACUCUGCCAUACAAUCAUACAGUAAUGACUGUAGACACAACAUGUUAGCUACGUGGCACUAGAAAGUACCCAAUUGCUGCUACACACUGUACAUACCAAACAAUCUGCCUCUGUAGUCUAGCACAUAAACACUGUCGGACGAGUUUUGUAUUGUUCGUUUGAUCAUGGCCGGAUUAACCUGCUUGAAGGACAAAGUGAGCUGCUGGGCCCGUACUAACCGUCUCUGUGUGACUGGUGCAAUGUCUAUAUGCUGGUAUAUUACAAGGCCCCACUUGUUGCUUCCAAAAUCCUUUUCCAAGAUGCACUACGGGAGCUCAGCAGCUGCACGGGAUGUAAACGUAUGUUGUGAUCAUUUCUUUUAUUUUCUCUAUUGCAACAAAAUACAUGACACCAGCCUUUAGAGACACAACCCAUAGUGCAAAAUUGUCAGUAGAGGACUGUGUUCCAGGCAUAUCCUUUAGAAUUUUCCUAAAGAAUAUCUUCCAUAACCCACCUUUUAUUUUUAAUUCUGUCCCGUAUUUGGGGAAAUUAGGUCAUUUUUUAAAUCUAUUUUGUAUCACAUAUUCUGCUAUUUUUAUUCUUGACACCAUGCAAACAUUUCCCCACAGAGCAAUGCUGUUCCUGGGAGCUUUAAUAGAGAAAUAAUAAUAGUCUUAAAACUUCAAAAGUUUGACACCCAAAUGUCUUCAACAAGGGGUUGUGGGGAUCUGAGAGUCUGGGUCCUUGGCUGAGUCUGUCACUUGUUAGUCCCGCCUGUUGUGUGAAGGGUUAUCUAAACAGCUGUACAGAGUACAGUUCAAAUAUUUAAUCUACCUGUAUUUGUACUGGCUCAUAUGUCUGUUAGUGUUGAUGCUCAGAGUCACAGGAGAUGUUGACUUUGGCUUCAUUCCAACAUUUUUAUAUCUUCAUCAUUUGGUAACACAAUUUUUUGUGUUGUUCCAGUUUAUAUUCUGUUGCAUGUUACAGCAAAAAUUGCUUAAAAACAUUCCGAAACUGAAAAUAUGCUUUUCACUGAUAGAACACAUUGUUAUUCAGCUUGACAGUCAAAAACAUAUCAAUGGCUUCCAAUCAUGUCUGUUCUUCUUAUAUUAGUCAUUUUGUACAGAAAGAGUCUUCAUGUCUGCUCUAAAGGUUUCUGACAUUCUACAAAACCCAACAACUAAAUUUAUUUUAUAUGUAUCACUGUUAUUAUUAGUUCCUUGUCAUGUGAUCAUUUAAUCAUAUUUUAAACUUUGUUGUCUUAUUAGUAAAAUAGUAAUGUCUAACUAUUGAUUUUUAAUGAAAGUCUUUAGACUCUAAACUUGUUUCUAGCAUGAAUAUAGCAUGUUCUCCCCUCUUCCCUUCAGAUUACUGUCCUCCUGGUAGGAGACUGUUACAGAGUUUUAAUAGGUUCAUCAUAUUUUUUUUCUGUUCCUGAUGUCAGGAAUCUUCAAACCCUUUAAUGUACAAGACCCUUGAUUUCUUACACCACUGUAUUCUUUGAAAUUCUACUGCUGUUGUCUUUUCUCAUUCUUUUCCAUGUGUAAUGUAAAGACAUUUACACACU